AUGCAGCAAAACCCGGGUGAGUCACUUCGGUCGUAUGUUCAGAGGUUCCAUGAAGAGAGCGUGCAGAUACCUGAUCCCAAUGAGCAGGUCACCAUCGCCGCUUUCACCCAUGGGCUCGUUUCCGGGGUGUUCAACACAGGAAUCCACAAAAAAUAUCCCCGCACUCUCCAUGAACUAUGGUUAAAGGUCGAGAAGGGCAUACAGGCCGAGGAGCUCAACCGCAUGAAAAAAGAAGUCCAAGCUGCUCGCCCGAGGGCUGACGCCCGAAGAGGGAAGGAGCCUAGCCGAAGUGAAGCGGGGACAGGAAGCGGCUUCCAAAGCACCCCCCAAGAUGCAGGGCAGCAGGGACAAGAGGAACUCGACCCUCUAUUACUUAUAUCACGAGAUAUAGGACAUGAAACCGAGGACUGUAACGACCUCAAGAGAGAGAUCGAGAACCUCAUUAGACAAGGCCACCUCAAGCAGUUUAUCCGCCGAAGUGGAGGUCAUCCGCGCGAUGAGAAUCGACGUGAUAAGCGAGGUGAUCAACCCCAAGAUGAGAGGCGGGUAUCGAGAACUAGUUGCCGACCUCCUGAGAAUCCUAGGGAGUCGAAGAGGCCACCCGGAGACGGAUCCUCAGGUCAAGGAUUAGGAUAUGAACCAAAUAUUGCCGGAGUCAUCAACACCAUUGCUGGAUGUCCGACGGGAGGAGAUAGUCAAAACUCCCGGAAGAGGACCUACAGACAAGCCAACCCGGAUCAGGCUGAGUCGAGUUCUCGCCUCUCUGAGGUGAUCACUUACGGGCCCAGUGACCCCGUCCCAGCUGCCUCCAGCAGUCAUGAAGCAUUGGUGAUUGAAGUCCUCACCAAUAACUACAUCGUGAAAAAGGUCUACAUUUACCCGGGGAGUUCAGUUGACGUCAUGUACCUUCGUACUUUUGAUAGCCUUAAACUGGCCAUGGUGAGAACUCCUCUUGUCGGGUUCGGGGGACACAUUGUGCAUCUCGAAGGGAUGGUGACUUUGACAGUGACUGUAGGGCGUCACCUCCGCUGCAGAACCAUCCCCGUCAACUUCGUGGUGGUCAAGGCUGACUCCCCAUACAACUUACUCCUAGGCCGACCUACACUUAAUGCUUUACGGGCAGUAUACUCCACCUAUCACCUAAGCUUUAAGUUUCCUACUCCAGAGGGGGUAGCCGAGGUCAGCAGCGACGUCUGCGCUGCCCGGGAGUGUUACCCCGCCACUCUACAAGCAGCCUCCCCGUCCACCUCCGGAGCAAGGCCCGAGAGGAGGUCAAAUAUCCUCUCUAUAGAUAGCAUCGAUCCUCAACGAGCUGAGAAGAUCCCGAGGCUGGAGACUGGGGAUGAGGUGGAAGAAUUCCCUCUGGACCCCACGAAGCCUGAUCAAACGAUUCGCGUCGGUACCCGAUUGCCCAGUCCUAUCAAAAGAGGUAUGGUGAGCCUUCUCAGAGAAUACCGGGACGUCUUUGCUUGGGCCGCAGAGGAGGUUCAAGGGGUCCCGCAUCACCUCAUGAUACAUGAGUUGAACGUCGACCCCCAAAUCCGCCCGGUCAAGCAGAAAAGAAGGCACCUCGGCCCUGAGCGUAGCCGAGCUGUUGGCGAAGAGGUGGACAAGCUCCUCCCUGCAAAGAUCAUCCGGGAGGUCCAAUAUCCUACUUGGUUAUCCAACCCGGUUAUGGUAAAGAAGGACACGGGGGCUUGGAGAAUGUGCGUCGACUUUACCGAUCUCAACAAAGCUUGUCCCAAGGACUGCUACCCAUUGCCCAAGAUUGAUACCCUGGUGGAUUCAGCAAUGGGCUAUGAAGUCCUCUGCUUCUUUGAUGCCUUCAAGGGGUAUCACCAGAUCGGGAUGAGACCGGAAGACCAGGAGAAGACCGCCUUCUACACUGACCGAGGCACGUAUUGUUACACCACUAUGCCUUUCGGAUUGAAGAACGCCGGGGCCACAUACCAACGCUUGGUUAACCAAGCCUUUAAGUCUCAGAUCGGCCGGAUGGUUGAGGCCUAUGUAGAUGAUAUCCUCCUCAAAAGUCGGACAACCUCCACAUUCCUUGCCGACCUGAAGGAAGUCCUGGAAGUCUUUCGGAAGACGCGAAUAAUGCUAAACCCUAAGAAGUGUGUCCUGGGGGUCACUUCGGGGAAGUUUUUGGGUUACCUCGUCUCCAGGCGAGGUAUUGAAGCAAAUCCAGACAAGGUGAAAGCAAUUCAAGAGAUGUCUUCACCUCGGUGCGUCCGCGAUGUCCAAAGGUUGACGGGGCGGUUGGCCGCCCUGAAUCGAUUCCUAUCGCAUUCAGCCUCCAAGGCAUUGCCGUUUUUUAAAGUCCUUAAAAAGGCCAACAACUUCUCCUGGACCGAAGAGUGUCAACAGGCGUUUGAGCAGCUAAAGGAGUACCUCAACCACCUCCCAACACUCACUUCACCUCGCCCAGGGGACAAGUUAAUCUUGUACCUAUCUGCUGCCGCUGAAGCUGUAAGUGCCGUACUAAUAAGGGAGGAAGGUGUCCAAACACCUGUUUACUAUGUCAGCCGAGUCCUCCGAGGUCCGGAGACCAGGUACACUCAGGCGGAGAAACUUGUGCUAGCCUUAAUUCAUGCAGCUCAUAGGCUUAAGCCCUACUUUUUGGCCCAUCACGUCUGCCUGAGGACAGACCAACCACUUCGGCAGGUCCUAUCGCGACCGGAGGCCUCUGGACGCCUCACCAAGUGGGCCAUCGAGCUGGGAGAGUACGAUUUAUCUUAUGAGCCUCGCACGGCCAUUAAAGCCCAGGCUCUCGCGGAUUUUCUUGCCGAACUUACUUUUGAGGAAGCGAAUGAGAUCAUCCCGGUUAUUACCCAGGCUGUCACCUCGUCCACCGCCGAGCCUCAACAAUGGACCUUGCAUGUAGAUGGCUCAUCCAAUAGUGAGGGUAGUGGAGCUGGUUUGCUCCUCGAAGAUCCCCAAGGAGAAAUUUGCUCGUAUGCCUUGAGGUUUGAUUUUGCUGCUUCCAACAAUGAGGCCGAAUACGAAGCAGUCAUCGCCGGCCUGCAGUUAGCUCGUAAGCUCGGGGCCGCGCAUAUUAUGGUCUAUAGCGAUUCUCAACUCGUUGUAUGCCAAUUACUAGGCGAAUACGAGGCCAGGGAAGAGGUGAUGCAUCGAUACCUCUCCAAGGUCCUCCAGCUAGUGGCACACUUCCAGUCUUUUGAAAUCCAGAGGAUACCACGGUCACAGAACAGGAGAGCUGAUGCCCUCUCCCGGCUCGCUUCUACCUCUUUUUCUGACCUGAACAAAACGGUCAUUGUAGAAGUUUUAGCCGCACCGGGGUACGAAGGGGAAGAGGUGUAUCCCAUCUACCCUGGGGAUACCUGGAUGGGACCGUUAGUUCGAUUCCUCAGCCGAGGUGAACUCCCCGAAGACCGAGCUGAGUCACGCAAACUUCAGCGUAAAGCAUCUCGGUACGCCCUUCAACAGGGCCUCUUGUACAAGAUGUCCUACCUCGGCCCAUGGCUACGAUGUAUCACCCCAGAAGAAGGCGACAGAAUUCUUCAGGACAUUCACGAGGGACUCUGUGGUGCCCACGUCGGUUUCAGGAUGCUCGUGAAAAAGGCUUUGCUGCUUGGAUACUUUUGGCCCACCAUGAGGGUAGAUGCCCAGGUCAUGGUCCUUUGCUGCCCUUCUUGUCAGCACCAUGCCCCUGAGCACCAUGCCCCUGAGCACCACCGACCAACCAAUCUUAUGAUUCCUAUCACCUCGCCGUGGCCCUUCGAGCAGUGGGGAACCGACAUAAUCGGCCCAUUUCCAAGGGCUCCAGGUGGUUAUACUUACGUGGUGGUAGCAGUGGACUACUUCACCAAAUGGGUUGAAGCGGAGCCCCUGAGAAGCAUCACCGGAAUGGCCGUUCAAAAAUUUUUCUAG